AUGAACACCAAGGAAGUUGAAUUUAAGAUCAUGCCUUUGAUGCAUUCAUCAUUUGAUAGAGAAUUAAUAGCAAUUGAUGAGAUCCGUCAAAUAUCUUCGCAUUCUUUAGAUGGACUUCCACCAGAAGAUCGCGCAUAUGCUUGGUUAGCUAUGCUAGGUAUAUAUCCUAUGAAUCCAAGUUUAUGGCCAGAGACGAAGAAAAAUCUUGUUGCUGAGUAUUGGUCACUUGUUCCCGAUGAAUUAAAGGAUUGGCACACUAAACACAUGCCUAAUCAAAUGUGUGCUGAUAAUUUCAAUCUACAAAAUAAGUCACUGAUGACUAUUGUUCACGGUGAUAUUGUUCGUACAGGCAGAACUAUAUUUUUCUUCCCUCCUGAACCGAUUCCAAACGCAACUCCAAACCCUGAGGACGAAAACAUAUUCCAAUUUGGAGUUCAUGCUCGCCGCUUAGAACGUAUAUUGUAUACAUUCUCUUCUUUCCAUAGAGGAUUAGGUUAUAUGCAAGGUUUUAACGAACUCCUUCCUCCUUUCUAUUAUGUGCUACUCCAUGCCAAAGAAACUUUGUUCGAUAACAGUAUGGAGACUGUUGAAGCUCUUUCAUUCCAUUGUUUACAAGAGCUUCUUACAAAAACCGAAAUCUGCGAUUUAUACACUACCACAGAUCAUUCAUCCAUUAUCCUACACAAAUUGAACGAUUUUGUUAACCUUAUGAAGAAGCAUCUUCCAAAUGAAGCCUCUAUCAUAGAAGGCUUGAACUUACACCCACUGUUAUACUGCUAUCGUUGGUUCAACCUGAUGUUCUCACAGGAACAUGAUUUGCCUUCUCUUUUGGCAAUUUGGGAUGCUUUAUUCGCUCAUUUCGACCAAUUAGUCUUAUUUAUUUACUACGUAGGUAUCGGACACGUCAAAAGUGUAUCAAGCAGACUCGUAAGAGGCGACUACGGAACUACAAUUUCAGCUCUACAAAACUUAGAAAUUACAGAUAUUAAAUCUGUUCUCGAAUUCGCAAACCAGUGCUGGACCGCCGAUCACAAGACUGCAAAGAAAUUCGAUUUCAAGAAGGAUAUUGAAAAGUUCUUCAACUUUUCAAAGAAAUAA